AUGGCAGACAUCCUUUUCACUAGUAUUAGCGAGCAAAAUCGCUACCUGGCCCUCGGCAUCCUCGGCCUGGCUGUGCUGGCAUAUGUGUACAGUGCCUUCUCCACGCCCCUGGCCAAAGUACCGGGGCCUUGGUACUCCCUUUUCACAGGCCAGGUCCUCAAGUACUACGGCGUUGCAGGAAAAAGAGCCAAAUAUGUUCACGAUUUGCAUGAAAAAUAUGGCCCAAUCGUUCGAGUUGGCCCGGAGGAGGUUGACGUGGCGGACGUUGCUUCAGUCAAGGAGAUUCACACCGUGAAGGCGACGUAUACCAAAUCACCCAAGUUCUACAGUGCACUCAAGGCCCCGGGCGAAAAUGUCUUCAAUACGGUAGACAUUCAGUACCACCGCCAACACCGUAAGCUUCUAUCCGGCGGGUUUUCCGAUGCGUCCCUGCAGAGUUUCCACCCAAUCGUGGAGGGCCGAGUCAACCUGGCCAUCGAGCGCAUGGCGAGGGAAAUGGAGACCCGUGGCGUGGCCGAUGUGUUCAAGUGGUGGCUAUUUAUGGCUACCGAUGUCAUUGGCGAGCUCACUUUUGGUCAAUCCUUUAGAAUGCUAGAGCAUGGAGAGAAAAAUGAAUACAGUCGGAACCUCGAGAAGAUCGCCGUUACAGGAGCUAAGCGAAGCGCAUUCCCCUUCUUAGCAAAACUCGCUUUUUACGGCGUGCCUAUCCCAGGUUUUGGCGAGAACACUCAAGUCCUCAAGAACAACAUCAAGUUUGCCACUCAGUUGUUGCAGCAGUACCAGAGCCUAGUUGAGCAAGACCCGAAUGUACCCGUACCAAGCCUCUUCAAGAGGCUAUUCAAGGAAGAGGAGGAGGCUUCUAUGUCGUUCAACGAGAUCCUGGCCGAGGCACAAGUUUACAUUAUCGCGGGGAGUGACACGACCGCGCUCACCCUGACCUACCUCGUGUGGCGCGUCUGCGGCCUCCCGGAGGUCAGAGAGAAGCUUGUGAAGGAGCUCCAGCAGCUUCCCGUGGACUAUCACGACAAAGACCUGCAACACCUUCCGUAUCUCAACCAGGUUAUCGAGGAGAGUCUGCGGCUGCAUGCCCCUGCACCAUCUGCUCUCCCUCGGGUGGUUCCUCCAGGAGGUGCCACACUCAGCGGCCACUACCUCCCUGGCGGGUCCAUUGUGUGCACCCAAGCCUGGACUCUUCACAGGGAUCCUGAGGUUUUUCCUGAUCCCGAAAAAUUCGAUCCUUCUCGGUGGGUUAAUCCUACGAAGGAGAUGAAGGAUCUCUCGAUGCCGUUUGGCGGUGGUUCCAGGAUCUGCCUUGGUCUUCAUCUUGCCCGUCUGGAGCUACGUCUGGCCACAGCGCGCUUUUUCCGCGCGUUUCCCAACGCAGAAAGGUCGACUCGAGAGGGCAUGACCGACGACGACAUGCAGCAAAUGUUGUACUUCUUGGCUCCUCCAAAGGGCAAGAGAUGCCUGAUCGAAUGCUCCUGAUCAGAUUAG